CAAGGACUUAUCCAAACAACACCUCAGGAACAGAGAGCCAAAUGUCACCAACUGAACAGGUGGCACCAUUUACACGACUUUGGCUGUAACUUGCAAGCGGAGCAAGCGACCCAACACUCUCACCUUCAACAAAGCAGCACCGAGUGCAAGACUCAAGUUUCGAGUUUCGACUGUCGGAAGCAGCAGCACACCACGAAAAAACAGAGCAUCCACUAUGACUGAUCAACACCAGGACCCCAAUCCGCCCAAAAACUCGCCCUCUUCUUCCUCUUCUUCUAAUAGAAUUCCCGGCAACGGCACCGAUUUCUCGGGUCACAAGGUCCGAUACCCGAACCCCCCGGACGCCUCGAAUCCGGACCCCACAACGCUCCGAGAGCAAUGGAGGUUCGCUAUCAAACAGUACAGCAGGUGGUACUCCAGCGCCUGGGGCACCGCCAUUCUCGCUGGCAUCUCUUUCUUCGCCCUCGGUUGGAUCAUCAAGGGUUCCAAUCCCCUCCCUUCUUUCCGCGACAAGCACCCCGAGCCUUCCUCCUCUUCCGCUUCUUCAUCUACCGAUGAUGCAAAUGAAGCUCGCCCAUGAAUUCGGUGCCUCAGCAAUAAGGAAGAUAGCCACUCAAUCCAUGGGUCUCAGAACUGAACCUUCAACUGAUUUUGGUGUUCAUUGUCUUGAAAGUAUCAUAACUUUUUUGUUUUAGAUGCCAAAGGUACAAUAUGAUGGUUCCGUCCAAAUUAUAGGAUAUGUUUGCGGUUGAUUCACCAUAGAUGUCGUGGAUAGUUUGAAGGCAUGGUGUGCUGUGAAAGAUUCAUUGUAUAUUUGCAGCUGAAAGUUUUUUGAAGUUGUUUGGUAAA